CCUUAGACAACUCAAAAUUACUGGACGGUAAGAAAGUAAUAUCCGAGAAGUGGCAUAUAAAACGACAAGACGGCGGCGGAGUUGCCACUGGUUCUCCCAUAAACAAUUAUUCUCUUUUUCAAGAAAUUGAGUGAUCUCUCUCUCUCUCUCUCUCUCUCUCUCUCUCUCUCUGUUAAGAAAAGAGAAACUCAACAAUGGCGGCUUCUAUUACUUACAGACUGAGAUUGCUGUUCUGUCUUAACAAACGCAGACCCGAAUUCACUUCUUGGGCUCGCUUGUUUUGUUCGUCAUCUCCCCCAUCUCAAUUUGAUAGAGUUGGAUUCAUAGGACUGGGAAACAUGGGAUCCCGGAUGGCCGUUAACUUGAUUAAAGCCGGAUACAGUGUCGUGGUCCAUGAUGUAAACCAAGAUGCGAUGAAGAAAUUCUCCGAGCAAGGCAUUCUCACAAAGAAUUCACCUCUCGAAGUUGCUGAAGCAAGUGAUGCUGUAAUUACUAUGUUGCCAUCUUCGGCCCAUGUGAUGGAUGUUUAUACGGGACCGAAAGGUAUGCUUAGUAGCGGGAAUCUGCUUAGAUCUCGUUUGUUCAUAGAUUCCUCUACUAUUGAUCCUCAAACAUCGAGAAACCUUUCUGCUUCCAUUUCUAAUUCCAAUUUGACGGGCUCGGGAGGUCAACAAAUUUCUAUGUUGGAUGCUCCUGUAUCCGGAGGUGUUUUAUCUGCCGAGACAGGCUCGCUCACUUUCAUGGUAGGUGGAUCGGAAGAAGCUUACGUGUCGGCAAAACCUCUGUUUCUCUCGAUGGGAAAAAACAUCAUUUACUGUGGUGGUCCAGGAAAUGGUGCGACAGCAAAGAUAUGCAACAAUUUGGCGAUGGCAGUGAGUAUGCUUGGAGUAUCAGAAGCAUUUGCACUAGGGCAGUCGUUGGGUAUCGAAGCCACUACUUUGACUAACAUAUUUAACUCUUCCAGUGCUCGUUCUUGGAGUAGUGAUACUUAUAAUCCUGUGCCUGGAGUGAUGGAUGGGGUCCCGGCUUCCAGGGACUACGAUGGCGGUUUUGCUACCAAACUGAUGGCGAAAGAUCUAAAUCUUGCAGCAGUAUCCGCCAAACAAGUCGGGGCAACAAGUCCGAUGACAUUUUUAGCCGAAGAAAUAUUCACACAAGUUUGCAAUGAAGGACAUGGAACAAAGGACUUCUCGUGUGUUUUUCGGCAUUAUUUCUCCGGCAAGGAUCAAAUUUAAUUUAAGGUGGGGUUGGGAUCUUCAAAAUUCGAAAUUGAUCGUCAUUCAUCGACAAUUUUUCGUUUUCGUUUUCUUUCUUCUUUCGUGUGACAUAAAUUGGUUUUACACUACUAUUUUGUGUAAUUUAAUAAAAAUAUAUGUUAUUUCUAUUACAUUGAUCUCAAUUAAAUUGUUGAUCAAUAGACAGGAUCCCUAAAAUGUGGCACUCAUUUUUUUUUUAUAUAA